GUCAUUUGUCAUUUUAAGUCUAAAGAUAUUUUUGAACUACUAAAUAUGUUUAUCAUAUAACCUGUUAUGAAUGAAAAUAAGUUAAUUCGUCUUGCAAUAUUUAGCAGAUUAUUCGUAAUAUUCCUGCAAUUCCUUAGCAAUCUAAUAAUUCCAGAUCAUGAUGCCAAAGUAUUCCAGUACCUGAGAUCACCACAACAUAAUGAAACGUAUGUUUUCUUGUCGGUAAAUUACAUAUUAAAAGGAUUUAUCAGAUGGGACGCUGAAUACUUCAUGCACAUUGCAAAAUAUGGAUAUACGUACGAAAAUACGUUAGCCUUCUUUCCGCUUUAUCCCUACUUAUCUAGGACGAUUGUAAAUAUAUGUGAGCUCUUGUUUUAUGGUGCAACAAUAGAUACGUCUUUAAUUAUAACUUUCACUUUAUUAAAUAUCGUGUUUUUAUGUUUAUCAGUGAAAUUGUUAUAUAAGCUCACUAAAGUUUAUUUUAAUGAAGAUAUUGCCUAUAAGACUACAAUCCUGUUCAUAUUUAAUCCGGCCUCAAUAUUUUUCAGUGCUCCUUAUAGUGAAUCUUUUUUUUGCUACUUAACUUUAGAAACAAUUUAUAGAUGUACUAUAUUACUUCAGAAAUAUUCUCAAUCAAACAGUAACUUCCAUUAUAAUGAUACAAGUGUACUAUUUUUUAUCAGCUUAAGUACUAUAGUGAGAUCAAACGGAUUAUUAAAUAUAGGUUUUUUGAUUUAUACAAUUACCUGUAUAUUUCUUACUUAUUUUCCCAAAAAUUCAGUUGAUAGGUUUAUGUAUAUUUUGAAGUUUAUUUGUAUUUUUUCUAUAUCAAUUUUAGUAUGUGUACUACCUUUCGCAUUGUACCAAAUUUAUUGUUUUCAAAAAUUUUGUCGUGAUUUUGAAUUAGACUUACCUAAAGAAAUCAUUCUAUAUGCAUCUGAAAAUAAUUUGGUUUUGCCGGGACAAUUCAAAAUAUUCAAUCAGACAUGGUGUUAUUCGAAAAUUCCUUUAGCUUAUUCCUAUGUACAAGAUCAUUAUUGGAAUGUAGGAUUUUUACAAUAUUACCAGUUGAAACAAAUACCAAAUUUUUUAUUAGCUUUUCCAUCUUUGUAUAUCGUUAUUCAUAAUUCAAUCAGACAUAUUAAAAUUAAUAUUAGCAAUUUUUCUAACUUAUUUAAUUUAAAAGAAGUUAAUGUGAACAAUAGAACAAAUUGUGCAAAUAAGUUUUUUAAUUUUAGUUUAAAUGUAUUUGUGAUACAUGCUUUAUUUUUAUCAGUAUUCUGCCUUCUCUUCAUACAUGUACAGGUAUUUACAAGAAUGAUUUGUUCUGCAUCACCUUUAUUUUAUUGGUAUUGUGCUUUCUAUUGGAUAAACGGCAGAAAAAGAUUAAUAAAACUAUUUUUCGACUGUUAUUUUUUUAUAGGUACUGUUAUGUUUUGUAAUUUUCUACCUUGGACAUAAUAAAAUGAUAUUUUGUUCAAACGAA